GGGCCGAGGAGCGACGGCCCCGGGUUCGGCCCGGCUCGGCCGCAUCACCUUCCCCGGCCCCGCCGGCUCAGUCAGCGCCUCGGGCCAGCGGGGGAGCCGCUGCUCGCCGGCCUUUGGAGGCCAACCCCGCGCCCGGCCCGGUCCGUGCCCCGCCGGCCCGGCCACUGUCCGGUGACGCGCGGGGGGUGUUGCGUCACGGUGCCCAGAGGUCACGGGCAGAGCGGAGUUUCGGUCCCCCGUCCCCCAACGCCUCUCGGUGGCCCCACGUUCCCUGGAGGCAGAGUGAAGCCCCUCGAACAGCGGGAUGAACUCUGGUUGUCUCCCCUGGCGCUCGGGCCGGGGCUCGCCCCGUGUCCCGGGGCCAUCCUGCAGCUGAGCCCCGCGCAGCCGCUGCUCUGCCGGCCCGGUGUAUAUGUCACAAGGAAAACAUGCAGAAGCAAGAGAACUAAUGUAUUCAGGGGCUUUACUGUUCUUCAGUCAUAAUCAGCAAAACAGUGCUGCUGACCUGUCCAUGCUGGUUUUGGAGUCUCUGGAGAAGUCGGAUGCAAAAGUAGCAGAAGAUCUUUUAGAAAACUUGGCUAAAUUGUUUAGUUUAAUGGAUCCAAAUUCUCCCGAAAGAGUGGCUUUCGUAUCCAGAGCACUAAAAUGGUCCAGUGGGGGAUCAGGAAAACUUGGACAUCCAAAACUACACCAGUUACUAGCUAUUACCUUGUGGAAAGAGCAAAACUAUAGUGAAUCUCGGUAUCACUUCUUGCACUCGACAGAUGGUGAGGGCUGUGCGAAUAUGCUGGUGGAAUACUCCUCGUCCCGCGGAUACCGCAGUGAGGUGGACAUGUUUGUAGCUCAGGCAGUACUACAAUUUCUCUGCUUAAAAAAUAAGACCAGCGCGUCAGUUGUUUUUACAACAUACACACAGAAACAUCCUUCGAUAGAGAAGGGUCCACCCUUUGUGCAACCACUGCUAAACUUCAUCUGGUUUCUGUUGUUGGCAGUUGAUGGAGGAAAACUAACAGUAUUUACAGUAUUGUGUGAACAGUAUCAACCUUCGCUGAAAAGAGACCCCAUGUAUAAUGAGUACCUAGAUAGAAUAGGACAGCUUUUCUUCGGAGUUCCGCCCAAGCAGACCUCGUCCUACGGGGGAUUGCUAGGAAAUCUUUUAAACAGUCUGAUGGGAACUGGGGAAGAUGAUGACACAGAAGAGGGUCAGGAAGACAGCAGUCCUAUCGAGCUCGACUGAAUGUUGUUGUCAUUGGGUGCCGUGUAAAUCUGAUGAUUCGAUGACUCCAAAGACACUUUUGGAAUUUGAAUCCUGCAGUUGUUUCUUGGCUCCUAAAAGGGCUCCUCUGGUCUUUUAGAAAUGGUUGCUGAAAUGUUUAUACUGUCGGUCUAUAUUAUUUAUGUAAAAAAAAAAAAGAAAGAAACCAACAAAAAGUAGCCAAACGAACCAAUCGGAGCAGUUGUUAGUGGGUUUCCAAUCCAGCGGCUG